GUAUGUAAAUCCAACGGUGAUAAACUGGCCUACGUCUAAAAAUAGAAAAAAAAAAAACUGAAACAUUCAACUUCACGGCCAAAAUUCACUGCCGACCCUACACGUCGACGCAUAGUCACCCAAGAAGCUUUCUUGUCUCUGACGCACGCCGCACAAUCAAAAUCAGACGGCUACGCAUCAUUUCCUCGCAAUAUCUAUUUAUUCCACCUUCGCCUUCCGUUAAUGGAGGCUAUAUAGGAUUCAGUCUUCCGAGACCCAUUUCAGGGUUUCAAGAGGAAGAACAAGAAGUUUGGAAAGAACAUAAAAUUAUGCUUUUGAGAAGCACUUCCACACCCAUCUUGAAAACCUACGCCAAUGCAGCUGUAGCUGCAUAUGGUUGCCAAUUAUCAGCCCAGGAAGCUGAUCACGGUCCCAGGUUUUCGCCGUCGAGGACCGUCUCCUGGUGCCUUAAAAGGACAUCAUCAGAAGGCGAGCUUAGGCUCUUUUCUAUGGCCAAGGAGAAAAUAUCAUCGAAAAGUCCUAAGUCAGGAAUGAGCGUGUGCAUGGAAACUGCAUCUCUUCUUUCUGAUAGGUCGUCGGUGGCUCUUGCUGAGGUAGAGGAGGUUGAGGAGGAGGAGGAGGAGGUGGAGGAAAUUGAAACGCUCCCAAUGGGUGGUGACCUUGGGGGUGUUUCUGGCAAUAAUGGUGGACGUCGCGGCGGCAGCGGUGGAAGUGAUGGGUCGUCCUGGGAUUCAGAUCAUGGAAAUGAAGAAAACGAACAUAUGGAUAAAUAUUAUCAAAGCAUGAUAAGAACGUAUCCUGGAGAUGGUCUUCUUCUUGCAAACUAUGCAAAAUUCUUGAAAGAGGUACGAGGUGACAAUGUGAAAGCUGAGGAGCUAUGUGAAAGGGCAAUGGUAGCAAAUGCAAGAGAUGGAAAUGUUCUUUCCAUGUAUGGAGAUCUCAUAUGGAAUAAUCAUAAGGAUGGUGCUCGUGCUCAGAGUUAUUUUGAUCAAGCUGUUCAAUCAUCUCCUGAUGACUGUUAUGUUCUUGCUUCAUAUGCUCGAUUCCUGUGGGAUGCUGAAGAAGAAGAAGAAGAAAAUGAAGACAAAGGAGUUCAAUUGAGCAGUCAUUUGGCAACCAGAGGACCUCACAGGCUUUCCCAAGGAUAUACUCAUGUGGCUGCUACUUCUUGAAGCUUUGAUAAAUAUUUCUUGAUUUUGGAUUUUUUUUGUAUUAGAUAUAUAUUUAUACAUAUAAUAUAUUGCAAAAUAAUUUAAAAAAAAAGAAAAAAAAGAAAAGAAAAGAAAACAAAGGAGGCUUAAAAGUCUAUUUCUUUUCUCAUCUCAUCACAACGAUGAUGAAGUUGUUGACAAGUUUUUU